GAAUUCGGAAUCAUCACACACCUUCCCGACACCGAUGCAUCCCAUCAUAAAAGAUCAAAUUUCUAGGGUUUUACAAAUUAGAAACCACGGACGCGCCAAUAAGAGGGGGAAAAAUUCCCCAUUGGAACCCAAAGGCGUGGGGGGGCCGAAAAAACCCUGAGAGAUCCCAGAAAGGAAGCGAUCGAACUCCCAUGGAGAGAUCGAGCCCGCAUUUCUUCAAGGUUUACUUUCCCGAGCUCUCCUCCGACCACCUGAAAAUCCCGCCGGCAUUCCGCAAAUAUAUCGAGCACGAGUUGCCGGGAACUGUCUCUUUGAAGGGGCCGAGUGGGGGCACAUGGAAUGUGGAGUUCGUAAAGAGCUCGAAGGGGCUUUUGUUUGCGAAUGGGUGGAAGAAGUUCGUCGCCGAUCACUCGAUAGAGCUCGGGGAUUUUUUGGUUUUCCGGUAUGAUGGCGGGUUGCAUUUCUCGGUGCUGGUUUUGGAUGCGACUGCUUGCGAGAAGGAGGCGGCAUUCCUAGCUAGGCCAUAUGGAGGAGGGCACAUCGCCAUUGUUGAUGGAAUCGAGGGCGGUGAGGAAGGGGAGACCAUGGGAGAGCAUGAUUCAAAAGCUUUGGUUUUGUCACCAAAUGAGAGUUUUGGAGUUGGUCACAUGAGGAAUAUAUGCAGCGUUGAUUGUCUUGCGAUGCAGGGCCCACCCUCGAAGACGGAAAAGAGGAAGAAGGGUUCUCCUUCGGAUGAAGUUGCUGCAAUAUCUCAAGAUGAUUUGGAUAGUUGGAAGUUGAGAAAAUCCAAAAGUAAGACACCUGAUUGGAGUAAUUCGAUGGUUGUAGCUCGUAUUAGUCCACCUUCUGGAGCUUUGGCUGUGCCACAUAAGAAAGUUCAUGAAAAUACUAUGAGAGAGAAGGACUUGCAUAAGAGGAAAAUUGUCUCAAGCGAACAUACUAUGGCUGUGAACAAAGCUAAGACAAAACUUCAGCGUGGGCGCCCAGCUAAAACUAGUGCCCUUUCUGUGACAUCGACGGCAAAAUCCUUAAGUAAGAAAGUAGGUAGACCCAGUAAAAUGAGUGCCUUGAAACAAUCUAGUCAGAUGUCAGAACGCUUAAAAUUGCUUCCAUGUAAUGAUGUAGCUCGACGUGGGGAAGUUGUGGCCAAGGUACAGCGAAUGCCCAGUCUAAUAUCACAACGGCGACCUGUCACAAAAGAGGAAAUAAAUAAGGCUCUUGAACAGGCAAAAUCAUUCAAAUCAAAAAGUCCUUUUGUUCGUGUGGUUAUGCGGGACUCCUAUGUUUAUGUUAGCUUUUUCAUGAAUAUUCCUUAUCCUUUUGUAAGAGAGCAUCUUCCCAAGAUCAGUAAAAAGAUGACCCUCUGGGAUCCAAACGGGAAGCCAUGGGCAGUCAACUAUGUAAGUUAUAGCAGUCGUGGCGGUUUCAGUGCUGGUUGGGGUGGGUUCUCUUAUGCCAAUAAUCUGGAGAAAUAUGAUGUUUGUGUCUUUGAGCUUAUCAAAAGAGAUCAUAUGAAGGUGCAUAUCUUCAGGGUGGUCAAGGAAAUUGCACCAUUGAUUCGUAACACCAAGUGCAAAAGUUAAACUUCAUAAAAAAGGGUGUCCAGGUUCAUAAGGCUCCCACCAUUGUGGAUUUAGGGAGGGUCAAAUGUACGUAGUCUUAACCCCCAUGCAAGGAGGCUAUUUCUGUGUCUCGAACCCAUUACACCCGAAUCGCAAUAGAGUAACAUUACCAUUGCAAAAGUUAAACUUUGAUUGUAUUUUUCUACUUAUUGAGCAAAUUUGUACAGCUUCAAUGUUUCUAUCUAUUGAACUAAAAUAUGGAAGUGCCUUGAGACUUUGGUGGUAUGUU